CUACCUGGGUCCCAUUUGGGUGCAGACCAAGUAAGUAAGGUUUGGGGGGGAGGCAGUGAAUGAAGUAGGAGGGGUCCUUCACUUGGGCCCACAAAUACAUUGGUCCGCUAAGACUCUGGCACACCAAACCGAACCUGACAUAAACUUUACCUUGUCAGCUACCUGAGACCUGGCUCUGCUCGCGCUCCACGUUUCCUUAUUGGUCAGUCUUUCAGCAGAGCGAGUCACAUGGUAGGUUCCUCGCAAAUCGGCGGCAACAUCCAAUGUGCAGGAGCCCUAAUUUGUGUCAAAAACAUGGGAAAUAUGAUAUCCCGUCAGCAUUGUGGGAGCCUAAAUUAUGAUGAUUGUUGGUAAUAUUCCCAGUUAAAGACGAAGUAAUAGUCCCGCGGUUCAGUGACGCUUUAGAAAGCAUCCGCCACAAAGGCGCAGGUACUGCGCAACAUUCCAGGACAACUCGAGAUGUGAUUGGCUGGAAUUUAAAUCUGCCGGCCCUUGCGGUAGGACCUGUGACGGUUAUAGGUGGGAGAGAGGGCAGGUGGCGCAGUAAGGUUACCAUUUGUUUGUGUGUGGGAUUAGAUACAGAGUGGUACAGUGACAGGGCAUUGGCAAUUCAAGCUGGUGUCAGAAUUGUUUGGGGAUCCCCAUUUCCAGGCAAUUCCCAAAGAUCUUUAGGGAUAAAGAGAUUGUGCAAUUGAUGCCACACAUUAAGUGGGACAGACCUGUUACCUGUAGAUUAGUACAGACAAGCAAUUGCUUGCGUUCCUGGUAUAGUUAGUGCACAGGUUGGCUAAAUCUAUUUUCUAGGCGUCAAGACUUGCCUCCAGCUCUCAAUUUGGCAUCUUAGCUAGGUAAUGGAAGGAGAGCAGCCCAAGCCUACUGUGGAGCUCAACUUCAAUAGUUUUGUUGUUAAAUUGUGGCGUAUUGUAAACAGCCCCCAUUACCAGUCAAUAUUCUGGGAUUAUGCUGGGAGAAAUGUUGUUGUGGCCAAGCAAAUGUUUGUGUCUGAGGUGCUUUGCCCCGAGAUACCGCACAGAGAAGAGACCGAUCCUUUCAAAACCAAAAACUUUGAGAGCUUUAUCCGCCAGCUGAACCUGUAUGGCUUCAGGAAGGUGCAGAAAUCUGACGGCAAACCCUGUUACCCAGAAGAAGAAGGUGGGGUUCACGUUUUUCACAAUCCCAACUUCCAAAAGGAACAUCCAGAAUUCUUGGUCAAUAUCAAGAGGCUGACCAGCAGUAACAAGGCCAAAAUAGCAGCAGGUCUUGAGGUGAAGUCUCGGCCAAAAAUUCGCUUAAACUUGCUAUGUACCUGUGCAGUUGGGGAGCAUAAAAAUCUGUACAGUCAGGGGCCAGAGACAGCUGAACCUAAACAUCACGCCUUGCAACAUGAAAAUCCUUCUUCAAAUCCCUCCUUCUCCCCUCCAUUUAAGCAAAUAGAUGAGACAUCUGUAUCUCAAACGACAGGGAGUAUGUAUAUGGGGUUGCUGCCAGUACAGAAUCUGUCUGCAAUGGCAGGACCAGAACAGGAGUCUAGUGCAUUUAUUUCACCCAGAGCGCCAUACCAACCUGUGCUAUGUUCAACAGGUGCAAUUCCAGGUCCAGAGAUGGAUGAACCUAAAUCUCAGAUUUUGCUACUUGAAAAUACUACUACAAAUCCCUCCUACUCCCCACCCUCAAGCAGCAAUAUCAAUUUUCCAACAACAAGGGAUCAUUGUUUGGGCCUGCUGCCAGUUCAGGGUUUGUCUACAAUAGCAGAACAGGAGUAUAGUACAUUUAUUUCACCCAGCGCCCCAUACCCACCAGUCCUCUGUCCAACAGCAUAUCUCCAGUGCUGCACAUAUCCAGCUCACCUGCACCCUCUGAUAGGCUGUGCCAGCUCCGCUGCCACCACAAGUUUACCUUAUGGCUAUUUUCAGACCCCUCCUAGGCAGUCACCAAACUCCAUGAAUAUCCUGUCCCCAAAAAGGUCUGAUCAGGAUUCAAAUGACUCCACGGAAGAUGAGAACCCUCUUAUGCAGUCUUCAAUUCCAGUGGAUUUCUUGUCCUCAAAAAAACUUGAGCUGGAUCCUGUUGACUGCAAGAAAACAGAGGCAGAUAAUACAGAGGCAUCACUUUCAUUAGCUCAAAUGCAGAAUUGGGAAAUUGGCCCCAGCAAUCAAAACAAAGGGACAAAAAGACUGUCAAACCAGGAAGUAGCACCUGACCUCUACCUCUUAGCGGAAGUCGCCUGCAGGAUGGAACGAUUGCCAGAAUAGCCGUUAUCAGAAGGAG